UUCAAUCAUUUUACACAAAGAGAAACCGCACAACUGUCGCUCCGUGUCAGUUUAGAUUUGAAAUUGAUAGCGUAAAGGAUGCAUUUUAAUAUUGUCUUGGUUUGUGUUGUGAUUAAUUUAUAUGUCUGUGAUGUAUUUGCCGGUGAAUGCUGCAGAUCGUACACAGACAUUACUGGGGACCUUCACUCGCCACAAUGGUGCUCCGACUUCUGCUGUUAUGAUCCCAGAACUGUGGGACUUACCUACUACUGUUGUGAGAGCACUGUGUUACAGGCACCAGACGACAUGAGAGACAGUUUCUGUGUCCAGUGGUGGGCCGCCCACGUAUAUGUUCCUAUCCUGAUUGGUGUAGCAUUUCUGGUUUUGAUCACGGGUUGUUGUUGUUGCUGCUGUUGUGGGUGUUGCAGACGACAAAGUUCUGGAGUUAUCGUGCAGCAUCAAGCACCAUCAGGACCUACAAUAAUGGUUCAACAACAGCAGCAACAGCAGAUGUCAACACAUGCUGAUCCAUAUCGCGCAGGAUAUAACCAAUGAAAAUUGUCCUUUCAGUGCUAGAAAUGACCAAUGAAAACAGCUGUUUUCAAAUAAGGAUUGUAAAAACGCAUAUCAAUGCAUAUAUGUACUUUAAAGAUUACGAAGUAACAUUUAGUUAUAUUUCUGACAUCCAAAAGGAUGAAAAUAGUGAAAACUUUAAAAAUAUAUAAAUAAGUCUAUAAUGUGACUCAUCAGUCUUGCUAAAGGGGUAGUAGAUAUCCCCAAAAAUGUGUGCACUAAAUUUGUCUUUUGAAAUUAUUAAUGUAUCAUGUAUUUUUUUCCCACAAAUAGAAAUUUAUUAAAAAGAACACUUACCUUACCUUACCAUGAUGAUUACAGUAUUUUUUGUUGUUAAAAUAACGUAAGCGAUAUGUAAAAUUUCUGUUUGGCGAUAAGGGUAGCCAAAAAUACGAUUAAUUUAACGCUACUGAAACGAAAAGGAGUGUUAAACGGUAAUACCCAUACCUAUAAUACUAUACUAGUAUGUCGGAAGGACAGAUCUCCAUUCAACCCCUUCCUUGUCACCCAUAUACUCCUUAAUACUUGUAAUACCUCUUAAACUCGAAAAGUUUUGACCAAUCUAAUGUAUUUGUCAAACAUGUGUUCUCCCUCUUGCGGCAUAAGGUAUGGUGACAAACACAUCUGCAACCCUUCUGGAAUAAGUUAUAUGACGUUUUUAUCUCCUGAUAAUAACAUCUUAUAUAAAAAAGAAGAGGAUUUUGUUCUAUAUUCUAUUUUUAGUACAUGGGGUACAUUUGCCUAGCCCCUUGAAAUUUGUAUUUUGUUUACAAAUUUAUAGAUAAGUAGUUUCAGCAUAAUAGUCAUGUGAGUGUGCGCGUGCGAGUAUUUGAGAAUAUUUGGUCAUUUUAGUUAUCUAAAUUAUCAUUGUAGAUACUAGCAUUUUCUAAAAUUAUUUCACACCAGUAUAAUGUGUAACAUUUGACAUACACUGUGUUUAAAAAUGCCAGUACUUCCUAUGAUCAGUUUGAAUUCGUUUACUAAAAAAUGGUCUGUUUUUGAUAGACAUGACGUCAUGUGGCUCAAUAAAAUAGCAGCCAAUCAAUAACCGACAACAGAAUCUGAUUCAAUAGGGUGUACAGUGUAAAUAUAUGAUAAGAUAUCAAUGUCAUUUUUAAACGCGAUGUACACCACAAUCAAACGUCUUAAGAUUGCUUAUUGUUAUUUUGUAAUGUUUUAGCUUUUUUUUUUUCGGAAUUUUUUUAUGCUGUUUGUAGUAUCAAUGUACCAUAUUUAUGUGAGUUAUUAUGAUGCUUUGAACAGGAGUUGAAAUGUUUUAUUAUCGCUUUGUUGAGGAUCUGGAUGGGGUUUACAGAAUAGAGAAUAAUGGCCAAAAAGAAUAAUGAAUAGUGAAAGUCGAGCAAAAAAGAUAAAUGAUAGAGAAUAAUAGGAUGUAAAUAUAUAUAGAAUAACUAUGGAAAAUAAAAGAAUUCGGCAAUACAAAACUGCUUAUAGAAGUAUCUGAUGUACAGAAUAAAGUAAGAAUCUAAUCGCAGAAAAUUUUAAUAGUAAAAUCAUUUUCAUGAGAAUUUUAUAGAAUAAGCGUUAUUUUUAAAAACAAAGUAAGAUGCCCUAGAAAUUUAAAUAAUACCGAAAUUAACGACCCCCAUGCAGACCCUCUUUGCUUAUUUCUUUUAUUUUGAUAUUGAAGGAUGAUUAAUGGUAGAAUUUGAUUUAUUUAUUUCAAGCCAGUAGACUGUAAUUGGAUAAGUAGAUGCCAAUGAAAUUUUUAAUCACUGUGUACACUUCCAAAAAAAUUAAUAUUGUUUAAAUUGUUAUUUUAUAAUGUUGUAGCAUUUUCUUUGGCAUAUUUGGUAAGUGGUGUUAAACUGCUUUAAAUGAUUGUAAUAUACUAAAAAUUUGAUUUUUUUUUAUUUUCAUAUUCGAAAGACGAUACAUUGUAGAAUUUUGAUUUUUUAAGCGGAUCAUCUGUUCAUUUUUUUCGUUUCUGUUAGUUUGAUAUGCAUAAUGUUCAUUGAUAAUAAAAAUAUUUCUAAUA